CGGGCCCCCAUCAGUGCUGCCAUUAUCUUGGCCCAGCCUCAGUGGUUGUCUCCGGACCCGGUGAUCGGGGGGUCUCCUCUGUCACCGGCCAACAGGGCUGCCGUCCCCUGAGCCGAGCGGAAAUGGCGCGGUCCAGCCUGGGUCGGGUCCUCCCUGGCUCCUCCGUCCUCUUCCUGUGCGACAUGCAGGAGAAAUUCCGAACCAGCGUCGCCUUCUUCCCUGAGAUUGUGUCGGUCGCCGCCCGCAUGCUUCAGGCGGCCCGGAUCCUGGAGGUCCCCGUGGUGCUCACGGAGCAGUACCCUCAGGGCCUGGGCCCCACCGUGCCGGAACUGGGGGCCGGGGGGCUGCGCCCGCUGUCCAAGACGUGUUUCAGCAUGGUGACGGCCGAGGUGGAGCGGGAGCUGGAAGCUCGUCCCGGGCUGCGCUCCGUGUUGCUCUGCGGGAUCGAGGCCCAGGCCUGUAUCAUGAGCACAGCUUUGGACCUGCUGGACCGCGGAUUGGACGUCCACGUAGUGGCCGACGCCUGCUCCUCCCGCAGUCAGGUGGACCGACUGCUGGCUCUAUCGCGGAUGCGGCAGAGCGGAGCCUUUCUGACCACCAGCGAGAGCCUUAUCCUCCAGCUGGUGCGCGAUGCAGCUCACCCUCGCUUCAAGGAGGUUCAGAAGCUCAUCAAGCACCCGGCCCCAGACAGUGGCCUUCUUGCUCUCUUCCAAGGCCAGGGCUCCAUUCUUGGUUGACCGUCCCCCGACUUUAGUCCCACGUCACGACGCCCUGGAUCUCCAUCGCUCCCCUCGCGGGCUCGGCCGAGCGGUCCCGCCCGUGCCAAACGGCUCGCCCCCGCUCCGCACCUCCGGGAUGGGGCCCGUCCCCCACCCCACCCCCGGCUAGAGGGGGGAAGGCCUUUUUUUUGGUGGGGGGUUGCCCCCGUCUUGCAGAAUGGUAGGAUGAGGGGCUCGAAGGCCUGCUUGGGGUGUGGGGGGGUUGCUCCCGUUUUGCAGAAUGGUGGGAUGAGGGGCUCGAAGGGGCGUUUGCCGGAGAGACCGAGCUCGUUGGGCUUCUCCACAGGAAUGGGGAGGGACGGUGGUGGGACCCGAGGGGAGCGCCCUCGGUAAUAAAAGUCUCCGGGGAUUGCGGCCUGCA